UCACAAAAGGAAAAAAAAAGCUCUAUCUAAAGUAGAACAGGGUGUAUUGAGAUGUUGAUUUCUCCCUCCCUAGAAGUCUUCAAGGCACAUUUUAGUGGAGAUUCUGAUUAAGUUGAGGUUGUACUAGCUGGUCAAGUCCCUAGAAGUUCUGGAACUCCGCAGUUGAGUCCUUGGUGGUGAUUCUGCUCUGAACCAUGAGCCUUCAAUGGCCAGUCUUCUGCUUCUCACCCUCCAGUUCUGAGCAUCUGAGCUCCCUCUGACCACCUGCCAAUCCUCCAGGCUAAACCCACUGUGACUAUCCUGAGUCCUUCAUGGUCGCUUUUUACCGUGAUCACCCUCAAAUUCCUCAGUGGCUGGCCUCAACUGUGAUCACCAUGGGCUCCUAAGGGUUCAGUCUCACUUGAAUCUUACUUAGAGCCCUCAGCAGUCAUGUCAUGACAUGUUGUGAUUUUGGGGUCCCAGGACCCCUGAACCCCCAAACCGCAUCAGUCAGUCAUGUCAGGACCGUCCGGAGCCUCAGCGGUCAGUCUUGUCGAGACUGUCCAGAGCCCUCAGUGGUCACAUCGCUGGAGUCCUCCGUGGUCAGUCUUGUCAGGACCGUCCCUGGAGCCCUCAGUGGUCAGUCUUGUCGGGACUGUCCAGAGCCCUCAACGGUCAGCUCCGUUAGGGGUUAAAGCUGCAGGGCUUGCUCAGCAAUGCGCCUGAGGCCUCGUUAACCGAGGCCUGGGAGCAGCUCCCAAGAGCGCCCUCCUCCCGACCGGCUCCAGGAGCGGGUGCGGCUCUCAGUAAAGUUUUGGUUGCCAUGGCGAUCCUCAAGCCCAGGCACUGGCGAGGGGGAGACGCGCGCGCAGUCGGGAGGGCCGGCAAGCCCCGAUGGGCGGCCGCGCUGGCCAAUGGUAGAAUGCAGCGGCCGGAGCCCCGGGAGGGCCAGUCUUCCAUUCCUGAGCCGCCUUCAGCUAGGACAUGAAUGACAGAUGCUGACGUCCAAUGGCGGGAGACGCAGAGGUUCUGGGAAUGGGCGCGCCAGCUCCCAAUGCACAACGCUCUCUAUUCUCCUGGAGCUGAAGGACAAGGCUCGUGGACCAAUGGUGUGAGGCUACGUCUAUCGGCAAGCCAAUUGCUUUGGAACUCUGAGGCCCGGGAGGUUCCACCUUCUCUCACCCAAAUCCUCUGGUAUCCCGGGGGAUGCGCUGACGGACGGGGAUAGAGGCCAAUAGUAUGAAGGUCGUUUAACAGAGAGCCAAUCGAUUGCGAGCCUAGAAGGACUCGUCUCCCAACCCUCGGGCCUCCGCGGCACAGAGCUGAAGAACAAGGGCCGGGGAGCAGCAGCAUGGUCCAGGCUGCACCAUGGGGCCGGAGAGGGUGACAGCCAGGGAGCUGUGUGAGAAUGAUGACCUUGCCACCAGCCUGGUCCUCGACCCCUACCUGGGCUUCCGCACGCACAAGAUGAACGUCAGCCCGGUGCCCCCUCUGCGUCGGCAGCACCACCUGCGCUCGGCGCUGGAGACUUUCCGGAGGCAGCGGGACUUGGAGGCGGCCUACCGGGCCCUGACCCUGGGCGGCUGGAUGGCCCACUACUUCCAGAGCCGUGGCCCGCAGCAGGAGGCUGCCCUCAAGACCCAUAUCUACCGAUACCUUCGAGCCUUCCUGCCUGAAAGCGGAUUUGCCAUCCUUCCCUGUACCCGAUACUCCCUGGAAACCAACGGGGCCAAGGUCGUGUCUACACGCUCCUGGAAGAAGAAUGAGAAGCUGGAGCUGCUGGUGGGGUGCAUCGCCGAGUUGCGGGAGGCCGACGAGGGCUUGCUCCGGGCCGGCGAGAAUGAUUUCAGCAUUAUGUACUCCACACGGAAACGCAGCGCCCAGCUGUGGCUGGGCCCCGCAGCCUUCAUCAACCAUGACUGCAGACCCAAUUGCAAGUUUGUGCCCGCAGACGGGAAUGCAGCCUGCGUGAAGGUGCUCCGAGACAUUGAGCCCGGGGACGAAGUGACCUGCUUCUAUGGGGAUGGCUUUUUUGGGGAUCGAAAUGAGCUUUGUGAGUGCUGCACAUGUGAGAGGAAGGGAGAAGGCGCCUUUCGCCUGCGGCCCCGGGAUGCGGCAGCCGCCACUCCCAGGACUUGUGAGAAGUAUGACCUCCGAGAGACUGAGAGGCGUCUUCAGCGUUACUGGGAGGCCCGAGGGAUGCGACAGGGUCUUGGGCCUCUGGGGGCUCAGCGCUGUUCGCAUCUGCACACCUUGCGCCGUCUGGACCUCCUGUGUGCGCUCUGCCAGCCCCUUCACCUGCAGCCUUUCGGUACUCAUUUGGAUGCCUCUGCCUUGUGGGUACAGUGGCUGCCGCGGCCCCACCCUCCCCGCCGCCGCCGUCGCCGCCGCCGUCCCCCCCGCCGUCGGUCAGCCCGGUCAGCCCCGCACCCUCGGGUCCCCCGGGUCUCCCUGCACCAGUGGGGAGGCUGUGGUCCACGGUGCCGCCUUCAGGGGGAGGUCGCUGUGGCCUUGAACCCAGCCCCUGCCUCAGCCCCAGCUCGGCCUGCCCCACUGCAGGACUGGCAUUGGGCCCGGCAAUAUGGCCUACCCCGUGUGGUUCGAGUGGACCUGAGUGGUGCCGGCCCGGUCCCUACCGCCCCUGCCAGCCUUAGGCCUAUGGGCCCCGAGCCUCCCAAGCGGACCCUGGCCUUUGGCCCCUUCUCUCCACCUAAACGUCUGCGCCUCGUGGUCAGCCAUGGCUCCAUCGCCCUAGAUAUUAACGGGGGGCACUGAGGGCGAGUUUGGGGGCACCUCUUCUGCUCCCAUUGCUCCACCUCCGACAGGCUCGAAUUCUUGGGAGGCAGGAGUUAGGGGGUAUCGGACCUCCUUCAGCAUCUACCUAGCAGGGAGCCACCUCUUCUGACCUCCAGAGGUCAGCCUGCCUUAGCAGGGAGGCUUGGUUUUUGCCUCAGGGGGUGUCUCCUUUCUUCAGCCCUCCACAGUUGGUGAGGCUGCAGCAGAGCCAUGGAUUUCUUUUCAGGCCCCUCCUCUCCUGGGUUGGAGGGUCCCUGUGGGGAGGUGUCCCUGUGAUCCUGCCAGGGCCACACUUAGCAGGGAGCCAGAGCCUCUCUAUUUCUCCCUUGGGCCUGAGGGAGAGGGGACCUGGGGGGGCCAGGCUUCCAGGGCUUCCUUUUCCUUUCCCUCCCAGCUAGUUUCCAGGGAGCUCGUGCCGGGUUCCCCAGGGAAUUGGGGGCGGGGCAUCGAUUUCCAGGUGCUGCCUCCUCCUGGCCAGGAAUGGCCCCUUAGACCCCUCCAGGGCCACUCUUCAGCGGCCUGGGGCACCUUUUGGAUCCCUAUACCUUUCACUAGGAGCCAGCUCCUUCAAUUGAACAGGACUAACCCUAGCAAGAAAGCCCUUCCCCAGGGGCAAGGGUCCGGUUUUCUGGGGGGCCUUUCCUGUCCUUGCAGCAAGCAGGCCCCAGGCCCAGCCCUGGAGGCUCUGUGGUGGGCAGGAGGGAAGGGUGCAGGUGGCCAGGCCCACCCUUUUGACCUAGCAGGGAUAAUCUUAGCAAGGGGCCACCCCCUGACCCUAGGAGCUCCCACCACGGGCCAGGGGGCAGAGGGGAGCUAUCUGCCUCAGUGGCGGGAAGAUAGAGCCUAGGAUGUGUGUGUGGGUGCCCACAUUCCCAAACCCAGCAGGGAGGGAUAGGCAAGGAUCCCCUCCCCCCAAGCCUCAGGAUGGUUCUUGACUUUACCUCCCACCUCAGUGGCACACCGCCCCCCCUUCUCCAGGGAGGAAAGCCAUAACGAAAUGGGGGGGAAUGGAGGGGGGAGGGGGGGUCUUUUGCGGAUGGCACUCUUCCCCCCCCCUCCACAUACAUACCCCUCUGGCUCUCAGGGAGGCCACCCCACCUCAUCUUUCUCAUGGUGCUAUAGUUCUGGUGCCUCCUGGGGAGUGAGGGGAAGGGGGGGGCCAGCACAGUCUGGGGCCCUGAGCCUCACCACCCCCACCCCAGGGAUUGGGGACACUGGGUGACGGGCAGUUUGCAACUUUUUUUUUUUGAUAAAAGUCCUUCUUGUUAA